UUUGAAUUUGAAGCCUGGAAUGCCAAAAUCAGCACCAGGAAGUUGCCGAGGAACGCUAGUCCCCCUUGGGUUUGUGGAGCUGGUCGUCGGCAUGUCCUUUCCUAAGGCGCCCCUGAAACGAUUCAAUGACCCUUCUGGUUGUGCACCAUCUCCAGGUGCUUAUGAUGUGAAAACUUCAGAAGUAUUGAAAGGACCAGUGUCCUUUCAGAAAUCACAAAGAUUUAAAACACAAAAAGAAUCGCAACAAAAUCUUACUGUUGACAAAGAUACCACCUUGCCUGCUUCAGCAAGAAAAGUUAAGAGUAUGGGAUUAAAGAAAGAAUCUCAAAAGAAUGAUAAAGACUUGAAGAUGUUGGAAAAAGAGAUCCGUGUGCUCGUGCAGGAACGUGGUGCUCAGGACAGACGUCUCCAGGGUCUGGAAGCUGAGCUGGAGAAGGUGGAAGCAAAGCUCAGUGCUGCAGUCAGGGAGAAAACCUCUCUCUCUGCAAGUAACGCUGCACUGGAAAAGCAGCUUACUGAGCUAGCCAGGACCAAUGAGCUGCUAAAGUCUAAGUUUUCUGAAGACAGUAACCAGAAGAAUCUGAGAAUUCUAAGCCUUGAGUUGAUGAAGCUUAGAAACAAAAGAGAAACUAAGAUGAGGAGUAUGAUGGCUAAGCAACAAGGCAUGGAGGUGACACUGCAGGUCACCCAGAAGAAUCUCGAAGAGUCGCAGGGGAAAGUGGCCCAGCUCGAGGGGAAACUCGUUUCAAUACAGAAAGAAAAGACUGAUGAUAAAUCUGAAACAGAAAAACUCUUAGAAUACAUUGAAGAAAUAAGUUGUGCCUCAGAUCAAGUGGAAAAAUACAAGCUAGACAUUGCCCAAUUGGAGGAAAAUUUGAAAGAGAAGAAUCAGGAAGUUUUAAACCUUAAGCAGUCGCUUGAGGAAAAUGUCGUUACAUUGUCUAAACAAGUAGAAGACCUGAAUGCUCAGUGUCAGCUGCUUGAAAAAGAGAAAGAAGACUGCAUCAACAGGGACAGAGGACGGGAUGAACAUCUAAAUUCUGAAAUACAAAACUUAAAAGAGGAGUUACUUCUUGCAAAACAAGAACAUGAAAAGCUACAACAGAAGGAGUUGCAAAUGAAUUCACUUCUGCAACAAGAGAAGGAAUUAUCUUCCAGUCUUCAGCAGAAGCUAUGUUCUCUUCAAGAGGAAAUGAUGAAAGAGAGGAAUCUCUUGGAGGAAGAAUUAAAGCAAGCUCUAGAUGAGCUAGAUAAAUUACAGCAAAAAGAGGAACAAGCUGAAAAGCUGGUCAAACAACUGGAAGAAGAAACAGAAGCUAGAACUGAAGAACUGAAACUUGUAGAAGAAAAGCUGAAGGGGAAAGAAGCUGAACUCGAGAAAAGUAAUGCUGCUCACACUCAGGCCACCCUGCUUUUGCAGGAAAGGUGUGAUCGUGCUGAGCAAAACCUUGGAGAUGUGACUGCUCAGUUUGAAAGCUAUAAAGCAUCAACAGCUAGUGAGAUAGAAGACCUUAAGCUGGCAAACGCAUCACUCAAGGAAGAAGUGGCCAAGGCCAAGAAAAGUGCAGACGACGUUCAGCACCAGCUACUGGCUACUGAGAGCGCAAAUCAAGAAUACGCAAGGAUGCUUCUAGAUCUGCAGACCACAUCAGCACGUAAAGAAACAGAGAUUAAAGAACUCACAGUUUCUUCUCGCCAAAAAAUAACUGACUUGGAGAACCGGCUCAAGCAGCAAAGUGAAGACUUUAAGAAGCAGCUGGAAGAGGAGGAAGCAAGAAAAGCUGGGAAAGAAAAUACAGUGGAAGAAUUAACGGAGGAAAUGAAUAAGUGGCGUCUCCUUUAUGAAGAACUGUAUAAUAAAACAAAGCCUUUCCAGCUACAACUGGAUGCAUUUGAAGCAGAGAAACAGGCUUUGUUGAAUGAACACGGUGCGGCUCAGGAACAGCUAAAUAAACUGAGAGAUUCAUAUGCCAGGUUACUGGGUCAUCAGAAUUUAAAGCAAAAAAUCAAGCACGUUGUGAAAUUGAAAGAUGAAAAUAGCCAACUCAAAUCGGAGGUGUCAAAACUUCGCUCUCAACUUGCUAAAAUAAAGCAGAGUGAGAGGAAGCUUCAGGACGAGUUGAAUAACGUUCUGGGUGUCAAACGCUUUGAUCCUUCAAAGGCUUUUAUUCAUGAAAGUAAAGAAAACUUUGCUCUCAAAACCCCAUUAAAAGAAGGCAACACAAACUGCUGUUGAGCUCCUGUGGAGUUUCUAGAAUCAUACAAGUAAACAGCUGAGAAGCCAGUUGAAGAUGAUUUUAUUCUUGUUGUUGUUGUUGCUGUUAUCAU